GUAAUCUCGCACUCCCACGCACUCAUAAAUACCAUCACUUCUUAAACAUUACGCUUUAGAGACACUUCAACCCGCAAAUUUUUCAACUCUUCUUCUGCUUCCUGCUCUCUCAUCAACUCUUGUUCCUCCUUCAAUGGCUCAGAAGGUGGUGUUGAAGGUCAUGACUAUGACUGAUGAUAAGACAAAGCAGAAAGCAAUAGAAGCAGCUGCAGAUAUCUAUGGGGUGGAUUCGAUCGCUGCAGAUGUGAAGGAUCAGAAGCUGACUGUCAUAGGCCAAAUGGACACAGUGGCAGUAGUGAAGAAGCUGAAGAAAGUGGGGAAGAUUGAUAUCAUAUCUGUUGGACCUGCCAAGGAGGAGAAGAAAGAAGAGAAGAAAGAGGAGAAGAAGGAAGAGAAGAAGGAAGAGAAGAAAGAGGAGAAGAAGGAGGAGAAGAAAUGAAAGGACAAUAAUUACAUGUUGUCGGCUUCUUCAAAUUCUUCCCCUUUUUUCUCAGUUUUCAAGUUUUCUGAUAAUUUCCGUAUGCAGAAAAUCCAUGGUUAGCCAUACAGUGAAAACACUACUAUACUUUUUUUUUCUUUGGGUUUCUCUUCAAAAUCUGGUGUCACAGUAUUCUUCUUUUGCAGAAUCAACCGUGCAAAAACUCAGAUGGUUGACAAUUUGUGUGGGCUUUAAUUUGCAUUUAGUGUAGUUAAUAAUGCUGUAUGAAAUAAGGACUAAUUUAAUGUGCUAAUUGUCUCGUUACACUGAUAAUAUCGAUGCAUUUUGGCAUGUUUGUGAAAAGAGGUGGGCAUGGAAGGUCAAGAAAUUCUGGGCAUCACGAAACCCUUUUUCUAUGGGCUUGUGGUCAUUUUCUAUAAACUGAAUGACACCAAAGCCCAAAAGGGGCCAAGGAAUCCUACCCUCAAGUAAUAAAAAGAUGGAUGGGGACAAAAAUGGUCUUCAAAUCUUUCUUUUGAGGUGGGGAGAUGACUCAUGUACACACAAGAUUGUUUGAUGAGCUAAGCAUUUCAUUAAUCCUUUUGCUUUAGUCACUUAGGUUAGGUUGUAAAUGAUCAAUUCAUGCAUAGAAUCUUUCGUUUUGGA